AUGCCCAAGGACAAGUCCAAUGUCAAUAGCACUUGCCUUCCCCCUUGCGACGCGUGCAGACUGCGCAGAGUCCGCUGUGACCCGGUGCCCUCACCUCAGUCUUGUUCUCGUUGUGUCGCCACAGGCAUCAUAUGCACCACGAAUGCAGUCAGGCGUCGGAGACCGAAGCAGAGAUCUGGCAAGAAGAUCGAGGAGGCAAGGGCUCUCUUCGGCCAUGCACAGGGAUCUAGUCCGAGCAGCUCGAUAGAGGCAGAGAGCUCAACGUCUUCAGGAACACCGUACCCUGUCAUCCCGGCGGAGAGCAGCAUAGUCGACCUUGAGUUCUCUGGUGAACUCAUCGCACACUUGCUGCAACUGUACGCACGGCUACCCCGCGCACGGCUCGUCCCAUGCAACUUCAUCAUCUCUGCCUUCGAAUCGUCCGGCAGACGUCUCGCCUUUCUCCCUUCUUCCACGCAGACCCUCACACUCGCAGUCGCCGCGAUCGGCUCCCGCCUUUCAUCGCAUCCUAUCCUCUUUGGCCCUGGGCCACCCCCGCCUCCGCUCUCUGCGUUCCUGUUUACCCCCAUGCCUACCGUAUCGACUCUCACGUACGAGUUCGGAAAGCGGAGACAGGCUGCGUGUGAGAAGUUGACGGACAUGGCGCUCGAGCACGCGUGGAAGGGAAAGGUGCUCAACAGCGACAGUGACGAGGCGAUAGCGGCGUGUUUCCUACUACAGUUCUUGGAGUAUCGAAGAAGAGGCUUGGGCUCGAACCGCGUCUGGAAGUCGGCGUUUAUCUCCCACCUCCGCCAAAGGCUCAUGCAUUGUCGUGAAGUCGGCUUCGACGAUUUCCUGAACUCCGAGUCGUCCACAUUUGUGUUCUUUACCUCUAUGUGCUCCAUGAUGUCGUGGUCCCCCCCGGACCCAAACAUGUUUCAGGACCCGGAGCCGUUCAUGUUUCAACUACAAGGUGCAGCUGAGAUACGGCCUGCAGAUUCUCCUCCGUAUCAACAAUAUCAGCUGGGACAUACGCCAUGCCAAGCGCUAGCACCGUCAGGUUUGCACGGUUUCAGGCGGCCGCCCGAAGACAUCUCUGACCUUCAAGAGAUGAGACUCCGCUGGAGCAUGCAGCUGAUGGGGGACGCUAUCACUUCCGUAUGGCAAGGGCAAGUGUGCGACUACACGCUUCAUGACGAGGCGCUGCUGUGUGGUCCUCCUCCACCUUCACUCCGUGAGCUGGUUGCGCAGGUAAUCACUGAGGACGUGCAGUGGUGGGACACACAGGGGUUCACGAAUCUGGUCAGACCUUACUCAUAUCACGUUAUGCGCAUAGCCCUAUCUGCGUAUGACUGGCGAAUGCGCAGGAAGAGCGGGCUCCCGUUCUCGUUUACCCGAUUUGCGGAGCAUCUCGACGACCUGAAGCAUCUACACUUCCUCCUCUCCGUCGCACAGGCGCGUUACGUCAUGGCGUUCAGCCCCGAGGUAGUUGACAUUCCCGCGCGCGCUCAAUCCCGCAGUGGUUCAAAUACUCUUGAAGAGAAUCCGACGCAGGCAAGCCCCAUUCCCACGGCGGAAUACCAGAACGGAGAACAACCUGGCCCCCCGAGGCUCAUGCGGAGCAUUAUGGAUGGGAUGCGCGGUGCACUUGGGUCUGUGAACAUUCCACUCUACAAAGACCUACAAGAGAGGGUAGCAGCGGCGAGGACAGCCCACUCAGAACUGGACGACCCGGACGUGCCUAAGCUGGAGGUGAUUCUGCGCACAUUCACGAGGGCGUUGGUUCCCUGGAGCUUGCGUACGAUGCGCAGAAAUCCGGAGUACGGCAAGCGUCUGUCGUGGUUGACGCAUAUGGGAAACGAGCCAUUCACGUUCUGGUGCGAUCUCAUUCUGCACGCGACGCCCGUCGAGGAUGGCGGCGAUGUGCAUGAGCUGACGCGCGCGGAGAAGCUCAGACGUCUUGAAACGAUGUCCGAGAUCUUCUCUGUCGUCUCCUGGUCCUGGCCGGUCGCGUUCGAACGACCGAUCGUGAACGAGAUCACGCAGGCGAUCGAGGAGAUCAAGUUCGCGCAGGCCCUUGAUGAAAACUUGGGAAUAAAUGCGCUUGAGCCGUCGGAUUCACGCUAUACUCCCUCGGCCUCGGAACAGAGCAGCUCCUCCGCUGAUGUGGAAGGCCUUGAAGAGGAAGAUCCCGACGCCUUUCCUGUUGUGCUUGAGCUCCCCGAUAUCGAGGUUGCUAUGCGCGAUGCGGGUAUACUGGACAUGAUCAAAGGAGGUGGUGCAUGUUCGAGUGAAGUCUUCCGAGGGAAUUACCCCGUCAACUCGGAUGCGGCGGCGAACACGGCGUCUAUGGCCUUGGGUUGUGGCAGUGGAGGCACUGCUGCUGGUGCUGUCUCACAUGCAAGCGCGCCGGUGUGGGCGCUUCCCAAUACUUAUGGGUACGACAACGGACUGUACGCGACCUCGCCCUCGUCGACGGCGAUGGCGAUGCAGAUGCAGAUGCCUACGAUGGGCAUGGCGGCGAGCUCGAAUCACGGGCAGAUCCGCAGAAAUGCGAAUGUGUCAAGUUGGGACGCGAUGGGUGUAUACAUGGACUCGAGUACGGGACAGACAGAUGUAUGGACUAUGGAUAACGGACAAUUUCGUAGCUCGAUGGAUGGGCUAGGGUGGGAGAUACCGUAUACCUUUAUGUAA